UCGAUUUGUGUCCAUAUGUAUGACUGCUGUCUGCUGAGCGUUUCUCUUGACGUCAUCACUGUUGGUGCACACAAAUCGUCCCAUAAGCCCUUGCGAGCGUUCUUUCCGCUUUCCUGCGAGGAGACUGUACGGCCUACACGUUCCAAUCUAGAAGUAAUCAUGCAGCUGUUUGUCCGUGCGUUGCACACUACCCACACAUUGGAUGUGGAACCUCAUUGCACCAUCAACGAUGUAAAGGCUAUAAUUGCAGAUCGGGAGGGCUUUGCUUGUGAAGAUCUAGCUGUCUUCUGUGCAGGCAAACCACUUGAGAAUGAAAUGAAUCUGUCAUCAUUCCAAGAUCUUGCCACUCUUGAGGUGGAAGUUCGAAUGCUUGGAGGCAAAGUUCACGGUUCCUUGGCUCGUGCUGGUAAAGUACGAGGGCAGACACCAAAGGUUGACAAGCAAGAAAAGAAGAAGAGAAAAACUGGCCGUGCUAAGCGCCGCAUGCAGUACAACCGACGCUUUGUCAACGUUGUUGCCACUUUUGGCCGCAGAAAGGGACCUAAUGCCCGUUCAUAAGUUUUGCUAGUCCUCAUGAAAUAAAUGCAGGGUUGCCUCUUGAGCUUCCCUGUAAAUCUGUAUAGCGUAA